CUCUUAAUGAACUCGAUGAUAAACGUAUUAAGCAAAUUAAGCCCCUUAUACCGCCUCAAAUUUUAAUGGAGGACUUGCCUUUGACCUUGAAGGCAGCUCAAACCGUAAUAGUUGGCCGUACAAAUGCAGAGGCAAUAAUAAAGGGUUUGGAUGACAGAUUACUAGUCAUCGUUGGCCCUUGUUCUGUCCACGACGUCCGAGCCGCGCUUGAAUAUGCUUAUGCCACUGAAGCAUCUAACGAACUUAUGAUAGUAAUGCGUGUUUAUUUUGAAAAGCCAAGGACGACAGUGGGUUGGAAAGGAUUGAUUAAUGAUCCUUUUCUAAAUAACAGGUCUGUAAUCUUUAUUAAAGGUGCUAUCGGUGCCAGGACAACUGAAUCGCAAGUUCACCGUGAACUAGCUUCAGGUUUAUCAGUUCCUGUUGGGUUUAAGAAUGGUACCGAUGGAAAUAUUGGUAUUGCUAUUGAUGCCAUUAAAUCAGCAAGUACCAAGCAUCAUUUCCUUUCUGUCACUAAACAAGGUUUGAGUGCUAUUGUGGCUACAGAAGGUAAUGAUUGUUGCCACAUCAUCCUGAGGGGUGGUGCUAAAGGUCCAAAUUAUGCAGCCGAACAUGUUCUAGAUUCUGCAAAAAGAUUAGAGGGCGCAAAAUUAGCUCCUCGUAUUAUGAUUGAUUGUAGUCAUGGAAAUAGCCAAAAAGUUUUUAGUCGGCAAAUUGAUGUUAUCAAUGAUAUUGCGGAGCAACUUAAGUCGCAAUCUGGAAAUUACAUCACGGGAAUUAUGCUAGAAAGUCAUUUAAAAGAAGGUCGUCAAGAUCUUCCGAUGGAAGGUCCAUCGGGGCUUGUUUAUGGUCAAUCAAUUACGGACGCGUGUAUUAGUUGGGAAGCUACAGUCAAAGCAUUGGACGUUUUACGAGAAGGUGUUAGAGCUCGACGUGAUAUUUCUUUGCAAAAUGGCAAAAGGUCCCCUACAUCUUUCAAUGAAUAA